UGCUCUACUCACAACCAAGUCGUCAUGAACAGUUCUCUCGUCGUACGCAACAUCGCUCGUCGUUCGGGCACUGCAACUGCUAUCGCCGCAAGGCCACGGGCGCUCCGUGCUGCUCCCGUACGCAGAUAUGCAAGUGACCCCUCGAAGAACCCUGCGCCACCUCCAACCGGUCCCCCGCCACUCGCCGAGGCAGAAGGAAAAGGUUCCAGCACUCCGUUGAUACUUGGUGCACUCGUCGCUGCUGGUGGAUUCGGUUACUAUUAUUACACGACCAAGCAAGAGGAAGAAAGUAAGGAUGUAAACUUGAAAGCGCGGGAAUUAGAACAUGCGGCGCGCGUGCAAGCAAAGAAUAAACUCGAGGAGGGACGUGAGAGGGUUGAUCAGGCAAAGGCCGACGGUCGUGCAAAGGUUGACUCGGCACAAUCGAGCAUACAGUCAACAUAUGACAGCGCAGCGGAUAGGGCGAACACUACCGCCGCCGACGCACAGGCACGGCUCGCAUCCUAUAAAGACUCAGCUGCAUCAUCUCUUCAGCAGUCGAAGGAGGCGACGGAGAAGGGAGUACAAGAUGCAAGAGCGUACGCAGAUAAAAAAGCUAACGAGGCAAAGAGCUCGUGGUGGAGUUGGUUUGGUUGGGGUAAAUCAAAGGGUGAGGACGCGAAGUCUGCGGCUGCUUCUGAAGCUGCAAAGGCUGCGCGAGAGGUGAAGGAAGCCGCAUCUGAUGCAGAGAAGAAAGCACAGAAGAGGUCGUAGGCUCUGGAUUUAAAAGACAUGCUGCCAAAGAAUAUAAGAGACUUGCUGCACAUCUCAUGUACUGAUUGAUUCUAUCAUGCAUGUAAUUGUAGUGUAGUUUUCUUUUUUUCCCGAUUACCUGCCUUUGGAAAAAUAC